GGCCUUUAUAAAUGGUCCUAAGGGAUUAGUUGGAUUGUGUUAGGUUGAUUCGCCAGCCCGAGUACAUCCACGUGUCCAGUAAUGAAGAGCGUUACGUCGACAUGGAAACUUUAAAGGCUCAUCUCCGUUCUGUUGGGUCGGCGCGUGCCUAGCCUGCCAUUGCAAAAUUGCAUCACGUUGGCUUCAGAUUUUUCCACUCGCACUCUGGUAUAUUUCUCCUUCAAUUCUCAGCUUCGUAUGGAGAAGAUGGGCGCUGAUGAUCGCAGUUUGGAAGAAUUUUUCGAAGAGAAGAAGCGCGUCAGGAACCCUCUUGUGCCCGUUGGUGCAUUUAUCACUGCUGGUGUGCUUACGGCUGGCUUAAUCAGUUUCAGACAAGGCAAUUCUCACUUGGGUCAGAAGUUAAUGAGGGCCCGUGUGGUUGUCCAAGGUGCUACAGUGGCGCUUAUGGUUGGCACUGCAUACUAUUAUGGAGAUAAUCCUUGGCAAUCGAGCCCUCACGAAGAUGGAGUCUGGAAAAUUCUUGUUCACUUAGAAGAUUCAAAUAACAUCCCUUCAAUCGAUCCCAACUUCUGUGACUUCAGUUCAGUUCUUGGACUCUGUCAAAAGAUAUCUAUGAAAAUGCCCAGCGUUCGACACAAGACUCAGCACAUAGGUGAUAGCUUGAAGUACUCGUCCCCUGAAUCGCCUUUCUCUUCAUUCCAAGCUCCUUAUUACGUUGCUAUAAAUGAAAAAGAAGAGCCUUCUCCUUCAUCAACAGUAAGCAAAAUCAGCCCACUUAUUCUAUUAGUCAUAAUUGUUCUAGCAGUCAUCUUCUUUGUCUAUGGAAUCGUUCAUUUGGUUCUUUGGCUUCUAAUGAGAACUCCAUCAUCCUCCUCGCCUCUAUAUAAUUCCAAUAGAUUUCCAGAAUCCGCGCUUCGUCCUUUUCAAAGGCAGCUUCAUCAUCUCUUUCGCUUACAUGAUUCAGGAUUAGAACAGUCUCUCAUAGAUGCUCUCCCUGUUUUUUACUACGAGGAUGUCUUGGGUUUGAAAGAACCCUUUGACUGUGCUGUGUGUCUCUGUGAAUUCUCGGAGCAGGACAAGCUGAGAUUGUUGCCAAUGUGCAGCCAUGCUUUUCACAUCAGUUGUCUGGACACGUGGCUUCUCUCAAACUCUACAUGUCUUUGCAGAGCGACGAUCUCAUCAAGUUGCGCUUUUUCCCUGGAAAAUCCGUUAUUCAAUAAUGAUAAUUCAUGGGUUUUGAAUAGAUUCAAAGGAGAUGAAGAGAAUGUCAAUGGGCGUUCAGAUACUGAGAGAGUACUAGGUAAUGAAGAUCGAAUUACCGAAAAAAGGGUUUUUUCUGUGAGGCUUGGAAAGUUCAGAAACAUUAAUGGCGGAGCAGUAGAGGUUGGAGAAGAAGAGGGUAGCAGUUGUAAUAUGGAUGGAAGGAGAUGCUUCUCCAUGGGUUCGUAUCAGUAUGUGGUGAGUGGUUCAAAUCUGCAAGUGGUACUUUCUGAUGUUUCAGACAAUGAAGAUGCUGUGGAGGGGAAGAUAGGAGAGAGAAUGAAUGAAGGUGAGAGCUUCUCUGUGUCCAAGAUAUGGCUUUGGUCCAACAAGAGCAAGUUUCGAAGUUCUUCUGAUGAUGCUGCUUUGCCUUGGUUACUGUAAGUUGGUUCAGUUCAAAGUGACGGUGAAGUUUUUCAUUUACAAGUCCAUGACAAUAAAAUGUUCUUAGUUUCGACAUCAUAGUAUACAUGGGGCUAUUCAUAGUUGGUUUUGCA